AUGGAGGAGGCUCCAACAAUAUUCCAGAUUGCUUUGUGCUUCUUCGCCCUCUUGGCUGUAGCUGCUGCUAAACCAGGUGUAGUUGCUCCCCUCGCCUACACCGCCCCCUUGGCCUAUACAGCUCCUGCUGCCGCUGUUGUGGGUAGUGCUGCCUAUGUUGCUCCCUAUGCCUCAAGCUACAAUGCCCAUACCAUUGCCCACUCGGCAGCCUUCCCUGCUGCCUAUACUGCUCCCUAUGUAGCAGCUGCACCUUAUGUUGCAUCUGCUCCUUACUAUGCUGCCGCCGCUGCUCCCUAUGUUGCAGCUCCCGCACCUCUUUUGUUGAAGUAAUUUUUUG